CGCGACGGGCGCGGCUACGGGCCCGAGGGUUAUGGCGGUGAGGGAUUCGUGCCUCCACCUCCGAUGCACCAUCCGUCCAUGCCGCCACAGAACCAGGGCGGUCCUCCACAGCAAGGCGCGGUGAUGAUGGUGUACGGCCUGGACCCGCAGACCGCCAACGCUGAUAGACUGUUCAACCUGUGCUGUCUGUCCGGGAAUGUCGUCCGAAUAAAGUUCUUGAAGACGAAAGAGGGCACCGCGAUGGUACAGAUGGGCGACGGCGUCUCCGUCGAGCGCUGCGUGCAGAACCUCAACAACGUCACCGUCGGCGAGUACACACUCACACUCGCUUUCUCGAAGCAGGCGUACCUGUCCGAGGUGAUGAACCCAUACCCGCUGCCUGACAAGAGCCCCUCGUUCAAAGACUACGUCGGCAACAAGAACAACCGCUUCCUGACACCAGCGUCCAUACACAAGAACAGAAUACAGCCCCCGUCGAAGGUGCUGCACUUCUUCAACACGCCGCCAGACGUGUCCGACGAGCAGCUGCUGCAGGUGUUCAAGGACUACGGCGUCACGCCGCCGCACACCAUCUCCAAGUUCCCGCUCAAGAGUGAGAGAUCAUCGUCGGGCCUGAUGGAAUUUCAGAACAUUUCGCAGUCGGUGAUGGCUAUUAUGGCGUGCAACCACGCCACCAUACAGCAUCCAGGUGCGAAAUUCCCGUUCGUGAUGAAGCUCUGCUUCUCAUCCUCGAGACAAAUCGGCCAGGGCAAGGGACAGCAGCAGAAACAGGAGCAAAACCAAAACCCCAACCAGAACCAACGGCAAGGGCAAAAUAACGGCAUGGCCGAACACGAGUACUAG